UCUCUCUCCAGCUUCGUUCUCAGCUAAACAAUUUAUCUCAUCCUCGCCCCAACCCAGAUCCCUAAAAUUUCUUAAUUCCUCUGUCUGCUGCUUAGAGCUUGCAUCUUUACCUCCAGGAAUGGAAGCCGUAAUUUGUUUCCAGGUUUUUAGUGCCCGUUUCUACUAUUAAAUCUUUUGUUUUCAGAUUGAUUACUGGGUAUCGGAUAGCUAGGCACGAUGUAUUUGUGUGUUCAUCUCUGAAAUUAGGGUUUCAGUAAUUUAGCCCAAUUCGUGCCUUUCAUUUUUUAGAAUUGGGUGCUUCAAUUUGGUGUUAUCUGUUGAGAAUCGUAGCUGUGCUCGGUAAAAUUUUGCAAUGGCGGAAGAGAAUGGUAAUACAAUGAACCUCGAUCUCAAUUUGGGGCCAGUUGAUAAUUCUAGUGAUGGUGGUGGUGAGCCUCGGUCGGGUACCUACGUGGACCUUGCAAUGAACUUAGAGGAUUGGUUAGACAGUCCAGUUCAUCGCGUUAGGGAGGUCGUUAGGCAGAGAAAUCAUAGGUGGCGAUCGUUUUGGAGGCAGCUCCCGAUCCCCUCAGAAACAAGGAAUCUUGCUUUGGAAUUGGCUGAUGGGAGUGCACCGCAGAUUGGUGAGGGUAGUGUGGCGUCCGAGGAUAGGCCUAUUGAGGUAGCUAAGAUAUGUGAGACCGUGGCUGGUUCUGUCGAGGAUGAGGAUCUCGGUAAGAAGAAAGAAUGUGCUAAGAGCAAUGGUGAGGAAGGUAGUUUCUUUGAUUGCAAUAUAUGCUUAGAUUUAGCCAAGGAUCCCGUUGUCACUUGCUGCGGCCACUUGUUUUGCUGGCCAUGUCUAUACCGUUGGUUGUAUCAUCAUUCUGAUGCCAAGGAGUGUCCCGUUUGCAAGGGAGAGGUCUCCACUAAGAAUGUGACGCCUAUAUAUGGCCGUGGAAACAUUGUCCGCGACCAAGAUCUUGAUUCUAGCCUCAAGAUCCCUGUCAGGCCCCAUGCCCGCCGGAUCGAGAGCUGGAGGCAGACUAUACAGAGGACUGCAACAGCCUUAACUAUCCCUGUGGAGGAGAUGAUCAGGCGCCUCGGGAGCGCCUUUGACGUAAACCAGGAGCUAGCUCAGAUACAUUCCCGGCAUCCUGAUGGCCUCCGCGACUCCCCAGAGAGAAGCACGGCUUUGCUCAACCGGUUCUUGACUUCUAGAGGAAUGCGCAGGGAAAGAACUCCGACGCUCCCACUUGAUGACGUGAUUGACCUAACGGAGAGCAGCCCUCCCAACUACGAGAUGAGAGAGAGGGAAAGGGAGAGGGAUAGCCGUCGUCUCACAUCAUUGUUGCUUCGCAGAUCAAGCUCCCAUCGAACUGCUUCAUUGUCUAACCUCACAUCUGCAGUCAACUCAGCGGAGUCUCUUGCUGCCAUUGAGUCGUAUUUCCAGAACAAUGCGGUGGAGAGGAACCCGGAGCUGCCCCUUCCGGUGGUGGAUGAUAGGGAUUCUGUGUCCAGCAUUGCUGCUGUGAUACACUCUGAGAGCCAAACUGUGGACAAUGCCAUAGAAAUCGAUUCCACUGUGGCGCUCUCAACUUUGUCUUCGAGGAGGAGGAACGAUGCUUCAAGAAUCUCUGACGUUGACAGUGGAGAUUCGCGCGCCCCACGGCGGAGGAGGCUCAACUGAGGUGGUAUAUAACCAGAGGGAUUUAGAUAUGCUUUUAACAUUCAAUUUGGGUUUUUCAAGUGUUUACAGUGGAGGUUUUUACCUACAAAGACUAGUAACUAUAUAAUCAUGUCUCAAGUUUUGUUCCCUAGUUUAAGAUUUUUCCUUGUUUGUAGUUUAAUGUUUGUUCAAUCAAAUCAUAUAUGUAGCUUGUCAAAUUUAUGAUGAAAAGAAGCACAUUGGGUCAGAUUUCUCAAACAUGUGACCUUGUAAUGA